AUGGCGCGUCCUUCCAUCGCAUCAAUCACUGGCCCGACCAAGCUACCCGCUCAACGAAGCUAUGCCCGGGAUUCGAAUAAAUCGAGCGGCGGGAAGGAAAAUGCGACUCGGGAUGCGGGCACUCCAGAAAACCCGUUGCCCAACCACCCGAUCCCUUCCAACGAUGCAAAGCCCACGCUAAGAGAUGGUCGGUCGUCGCCUAUUGCCGAUUUUGAAGGUAACUUGAAGGACGAUCUGCCUGAGGAUGUGAAGAAACAUAAUGAAGAUGUGGAGAAUCGGUAUGACCGACCGUACAAUCACAUUGCCGAUUGGGGGGUGUGGAGGAGAUUGGUGUGA